AUGGCCAUGCGUACUCGCAGCAAGACGAUUGGUUCGCUUCGUGGUACUCGUAGCGCGCCUGCCUCGCGUUCGGGGUCGCCCUCCCCUGCUCGCGUGCCCUUUGGCCGCCUCCCUUCCACCUCGCUUGUCGUUCCCUCUGGCGGCGAGCUUUCUGGCGCCUCGGCUGCUGGGCUUCCUGCCGGAUCUUCCGCCGGCGAUCUUCAGGACCCUACCACCGUCCAGCUCGGCGCUGCCGCCGCUGCGCUGGGGGUCACGGCUCACCCAGGGGCUGUGCGUGGCCUCCUCAGCGACGGCGACGAUGAACAAGACGGCGACAGCGUCGCCUCCGUCGACGCGGACCUCUUCCGGACCGAGGAGGAACUUCGCCAGUUCCGCGAAGACGCGUCCCUUGCGGCCGCGGUUGAGGGCAGCCUCCACCUCUCCGACGACCCCCCACGGCUGGGGUCGCCGGCCGCCGUGGCCAACGCUCACGCCGACGCGCUGUGCGCCCGCGAGGGCUUCGCCGCGGUGUCGCAUGACGCCAGGGCGGCCGAUGUAGCGGCGCGCCGCCGCCGUGCGGCCGCGGCAGCCGACUUGGCCUUGCAGCGUGAGAUAGCGGAACAAGCCGCCGCCGCCGCUGCUUCUGCCGUCAGCCGCCUACGGCUCCUGGAACGCCGCGCUUCCGACACGGGCGAGGAGGUGGAUCUGGUCCGCGGUUCCGGGGCGCUUCGCAUGGAGACGGCGCGAGAGGACGUUCGGAACAGCGCGGACGCUCGUCGCAUCGCCGAGCGCUCGCUGUCGCCUACGCUCGCCGGCUCUUCCCGGCUGCCCCUACACGCGCCUUCGUAUUCUGAGAUUGUACGUGGAUCGUCUUCAAGCUCUUCGGAACGCGAGAGCGGGAGCCCCGGGCGCCCCGGGCGGCAGGCCGGCCGCGCCACCUCGCUCACGCCGCCGGCCCCGGCCUCCUCCCCACCCAUCCCGGUGGCGCUGCCAGCGCAGGCCAGGGCUGGGGGCGAGGGCGCUGCACCCCGUUCUUCGCCUUCUGCAUCGGCUGACGUGGCGUCGGGGAUUUCGCGCUCUUCUCGGGCGGGGAACUCUUCGGCUGCAUCGACCCAUGAUCUCCCGCCCCCCGCUUCUCCGAGGGCGGGCUACCGCCGUAUGGGCACCGCCGCAUCGGUGACCGCUGCCGCCGCCGCCGCCGCCCCGCCUGCGGCGACGCCCGCGGCCGCUGCCCCUGCUGCGGCGGCGGCGCGGCGGCGAACGGGCUUUAUCACCACGCACCACGCUUCACCAGCUUCAGCAGCGCCGGCUCUGGAGGCGGUGGGGAAACGGCGGGGAGGAGCUGUACUUCGCCGCCACACUCCGCCGCCGCUCCGCCAACCGGCGUCGGGGUCCUCGGCCCCUCCGCCGGCCAGCCCCCCUCGGGGCGGCGCUCCCCGGGCGAGGGAACCGCCGGCCGACACGCGGCGGGCUGGCGUGCUUCGACUUCUUCACGGAAAUCCGGUGCCUUCUCUUCGUGGCUCGGCGUCGCGGCCGUCGUCGGAGACCGAGCCAAGGGCGGCGCCGCCGCGUGCACACCAGCCUCGCGAGAACCCUCGGGAGCCGUCGACGUCGCGGGAUCAAUACGUGCGCCGACACACUUCGGUGCCCGCGCUCGACUUCGCCGCAGAAGAGGCGCGGCUUCACCGCGGUGGAACGGUCGCCUCGGGUCGGCCACAGCAACCCCGCGGGCGGCACUGGUCCGACAAUCUCCAUGUUCCGCGUGACACCCUCUCCGGUGAGAUCGGCAGGAGGACGCUGCUGGACGAGCAGCUGGGUAUUAGACUUCACGACGCGGAACGAGCGUGUGCCGGGUCGGGAUGGACGGACCCAGAGUUGGGGGACGACUACACGCAGGCCCGCUCGGACUUCAGCGACAACCGCCGCCGCUUGGGGGAGCUCGAAGACGCCUGCGAUCGGCGUGAAGGCCGAGCGCACGCGUGGGGUCCUCCUCGCGAUUGGGAAAUGCUGCGGGCGGUGGAAGCGGCAGCGGCGGCCGACCGCCGGGAGCCGCCGUCGCCGGGCCGCGACGGUCAGCGUGCGCGCCACCGCCGAACUAACAAACGCUCGCGGCGGCAGCACAACCGCUCCUGCCGCGAGAGUUCUCCCUCUUCUUCGUGGUCGUCGGACGGCUCGGGAGACGAUAGGGAUGAAUGGGGGGCGCCGUGGCGCCGGUCGGCGCCGGCGGAACGAGAGGCCGUCCAUCACGUGCUGGCCUCAAGUUCUCGCCGGCAGGGCGCCGCGAGUGGUGGAGGGAAGCAGAGCACGUGGUCGGCGGGGGGAGGAGACCGCGGGACUCGGCGUUCGGGGGAGGACGAGAGGGAGCGUCGACACAGCCGAGCGUCGUCUUCGAGAGGCUCGGAGGCUGGUGGAUCUUCCCGGGCUUCGAGACUAACCCGUGUGCCGUGUUCUUUGUCCCCCAGCUCACGAUCCCCUUCCCCACCCCCUCACAAUCCGAAGGUAGCCUCUAAGCUCAUGGCACUCAAUGUGCACCGCAUGUUUCAGCAGUAUGUGCGACCACGCCUGCCGUUGCCUGCCGGCAACACGUGGACGGCCCUAGUUACGUUGGUAGGUCGGCUACGCCAUGUAGUCAGGCAAGGCCGACAGGCUUGUGGCGAUUUCCACGCCACCGCGUGGGCUCUAGAGUGGACGUCGCUCGCUCAACAACUUCUAGUGAGUUGUGUAGCGGCAGAAAGUGGGGAAGGGCCGGUAAACAAAAUUUUGUCCAUCGGCCGGGACCUCGACGGCACAAUCCGAGCUAGAAAGCCCAACGCCCCACAAGGGUUUGUCGAGCUUGUCAGCCAACUUACGAAGCGGUGCACGAGCUUCCAGGUCAAUUCCAUCCCGAUCAUGUUGGCACAAUUCUCCGUUCCGAUCCACACACCUCUGCAAGAUUGGAUAGUCCAACUAAAAGAACUUGUAGAAGGGUUGUCUUGUUUCAGGGACUCGUGCCCGACAGACGCACAAAUCGUCUCAACCGCCAUUGAAGGUCUGGCCGUGCAGUACCCAGAGAUAUCCCUUUGCGUGAAACCCAAACUUAAGAAAGCGGUGACGCUGGCGGACAUGUGGAAGUGCAUUCGGGAUGACGAGAUAGACGGAAGUAACGCCGUAGCCAACGCACCCCCUGCGUUAGGAACGGUGUCCGCCAGAUCAACACAUUCUCACCAACCAAGGGUUCACGCGGUAGCGCGGGGUCGCUCGGUUGAAACGUUGGCCCAUGGGCGCGAGUUUGAACUAAGCAGUGACGAGGAAGGAUACCAACGCACAUCUCGGCACCUGUACCCCGUGGUCGAAUGCAUCGACCAGCUGGGGGGUAGCUCCGUCUUUUCGGAGCUCGACGUGGUGAGCGGCUUCUAUCAAGCCGCGAUCCACGAGGAUUCCAUCCCGUUAAUGGCCAUCGUGACGAGUACGGGGUUGUACGAAUUCGUUCGAGUCCCCACGGGGGCGAGUGGUGCGCCCAACCACUUCCAGUUAUUGAUGGCCAAGGUGUGUGAGGGGUUGGAGCGUGUGCAGUUGUAUCUGGAUGAUAUCGUGGUGCACUCAAAAUCAGCGGCAGAGCAUGUGGUGCAUUUCGAGAAGUUGUUGGAAAGGUUGCGUAUCCACAAUCUGAAACUCGCUCCCAAGAACGCGAAUAUGGGUGCCGCCGAAGUGGAAUUUUUGGGGCAUUUGAUCACCCCAACUGGCCUCGCGCCUGGGUGUGAUGUUAAAAAAGACAAGGAAUUUCGGUUUACGACUCAACACGAAGAAACCACUAGAGCGAUUCUCAAAACGCUGAUGAGCACGACAACUUUGGCGUUCCUUGACUAUGAGGCCGCCAUCAAUGGCUCCCGCCCGUUUCAGCUAUCGUCCGAUGCGUCUGUUCAUGGUGUUGGGGCCGUUGUGGAACAGCAACGGAAUGAUGGCACAAUGCGUCCUCUCGUAUACGUCAGUCGAUCGACUCUUCCCAACGAACGCAACUGGGACACGGCUGACCUAGGAAUGGGGGCGUUGUUUUGGGUUGUAAAAAAGCUCCGAGUGUAUUCGUACGGUAUUCCCUUCGUGGUGCAUACGGACCACCAACCGUUGACUGCCUAUCUGUCUUUGAGUGAAAAGAAGCCCCGUGUGCAUGGAAUGUGUGACUUCCUCAGCAGCUAUCAGUUUUCCUUGCGCUACAAAAAGGGGAACGAUAAUCAGGUGGCUGACAUGCUUUCUCGGUUGCCGCAACCUGCGACCGAAAGGCUGGAUCGGGGCCGAACCGCCUCAUGGAAGAGGGUGAUCUAG